GCUGGAGAAGAAGGUGGAGAAGAAGCUGGUGGAGAAGAAGCUGCUGGAGAAGAAGGUGGAGAAUAAGCUGGUGGAGAAGAAGCUGCUGGAGAAGAAGGUGGAGAAUAAGCUGCUGGAGAAUAAGCUGGUGGAGAAGAAGCUGGUGGAGAAGAAGCUGCUGGAGAAGAAGCUGCUGGAGGCGACACUGAAGCAGAAGUUUGGUCUGGAGAGGUUUUCAACAUCAGAUGAUGACAUCAGGUUCUACACCAGGUUUUCCAGCUACAGCCACCUCCAGGCGUUUUGGAAACAGAUCGAACCUGCAACGGGGGAAAUGGUGCGUGUCCUUCCACGGCCGUCCGCUCCCAGCACAACAGCAGAUCCACCUCUUCAACUGAGCCCACGCCUCCUGCUUAUCGAUGAGCUGUUCCUGUUCUUGAUGUACCUGUCCCUGGGUCUGAAGGAGGAAGAUCUGGCCGAUCGCUUCAACAUUCAUCCGACCGCUGUCGGAGAGAUAAUCGAAACAUGGGCCCAUUUCUUGUACGCCUUACUGGGCGCCGUUGGAAUCUGGAUGUCUCCUGAGAACAUUAGAGCCACGAUGCCCGGUGUGUUUGGUCAGUUCUCUGACACGCAGGUCCUCGUGGACAGUGUAGAGAUGAGAUGCGAGAUGCCUUCGUCUUUCCUCUCACAGCGUGAGACGUUUUCACUGUAUAAAUCCCACACUACUUUAAAGGGAAUGAUCGGCGUUUCACCACAUGGCGCUGUCACCUUUGUCUCCUCCCUGUUUUCUGGCUCUGUCAGUGACACAGAAUUGUUCCGGCAGUCCGGCAUUUUUCCCCUUCUGGAUAAAGACAUGGCUGUUAUGGUGGACACGGGAUUCAGAAUCGACGAGCUGGUGCCCUGCAAAGUCUACAGACCGCCUUUUCUAAGUAAACCCUCUGAGCUGUCUCAUGACGAAGUGCUGGUCCCUGAAGAUGUCGCACGGUUGAUGAUGCAUGUGGAGAAAUCCACUAGGCGCAUCAAAGAGAACAAACUAUUCGACACCGUCAUCCCUCCGACCGUUGCUGGCUGCAUCAACCAGCUUUUCGUCGUCGCCUGCCUCCUGACAAACUUUCAAAACAGGCCACGAGUCGAGGCUCGAGCCGAAGAAGUGACUGUGUGUUAACCAGACUGAGCCUGGAAAUAUUGUGUAUAAGGAAACUGGUUGUUACUGGGAAGUUGGUGGGUAACAUUCCACAUGAUGUCCAAUAGCUAACUGCUGUUGACAUAAGGUUGUUCUAAUCUACGUGGAUUCAAAUGUUUUACUAUCCCAUAGUUUUAUUAUCUCUCAUGCUAGAAAGAUGAUGUUUGAAUGAUAAUUCGCAAAAAUAUUAUAUUUUAUACAAAGUGCUAUUUAAGUCGUCGACGUAACGAAACAUGUAUUUUACUCAGUCCCCAUGAGAAAGUGAGUAAAAUGUUUUAUUUUUGUCACUGACAAAUAAAUGAAUAUUGUUUUUCUAAUAACUUUA